AUGGAUAGCUCAGAUAUAUCGAGUUUUAUUGUUGCGAACUGUUUUGAUCAAGAGUCGUUCAAUAACCAUGGUGGUUUGUUAGCAACUGGGAAAAAAAGCAAAGGUUCUUCCAAUUCAACCAGUAUGGAGGAACCCAUCCGAAACCAAAAAUCUUCCUAUUUUGACUGUGAUACCAAUAGAAAUUAUCUUAAAAAUAACAAAAGAAGAUGCGUCUCUUCUCUAUCUGACGUUCAAUCAAGGUUAACUUCGGUUUUACCCACGAGAGGAACACCAAACACCAGUACAAUCAGAAAUCUCACGAAUUUACCAGAUCGUACCAUAUGCUGUAUUUACCAUAUUCCAAAAGAUGUGGAUACCAGGGUAGGUCUCUGCUUUUUGAAAUAUACUACGGGCGAAAUGAUUCUUUCUGAAUUUAUGGAUUCCCAAAUAUUUAUUAGAACUAUGCAUAAGAUUCACAUAUAUCAACCUACAGAGAUUAUUUUACCUUCAUCUUCGUUAUUUCCAACUGUUUCAAAACUGGCAACCAUUAUAAAGCUUAACAUUUCGGAGACUGUAAAAAUUAGCGAAGCAUCAUCAAAAUAUUUUAAUUCACAGGAUGGGAUAUCGGUAAUUAAAAACUAUGUGAUAGAUAAGGAUAGAGAAAAGACAAUUAUCGAGGAAUUAAUAGAUAAGAGCUAUGCAUUGAGCGCUUCUGCUGCUUCUAUAGCAUAUACUGAUGACCUUAUUGCCAAAUCAUCCAAUGACGCCCUAUUCAACUUUAGAAAGCUUAGAAUAAGGUACGAAGGUACAGAAAAUACAAUGUUAAUCGAUCCAAAGACAAUAAAUGGGUUAGAAUUAGUUGAAAAUAUAAUUGACAAGAGAGGGAUGUCGUUUUGGAAAUUUUUAAAUACUACUUGCACGAAGAUGGGAGAAAGAUCGUUAAGGAACAAUAUCUUACAACCAUUGACUGACGAAAAAAGUAUCAUAAUGAGACAAGAAGCAGUAAAAGAGUUACAAGGGGACGAAAAGCUUUUAGAACAAUUAAGGAAACAUAUGAAGGUAUAUCAAGAUCUAGAUAGAAUAUUUGUCAAAUUAUUGUCAGUAAAUCAUAAUGCCAUUAAGGCAGAGCAAAAGAUCAAUUACGUGAUCCUAUUGAAAGACUCCUUAAUUACCACACAAAGAUUGAAGGCAAUUCUGGAACCCAUAGAAUUUGAAAGCCGUCUGUUGCAAGAGGUGAAGAAAAUAUUUUUUAAUGAAUCGAUAACUGAGAUUGAACAAUGUAUCAACAAAUAUAUCAACGAAGAUUGCAUUUGGGCGUCGUCAAAUUUAGAACUGAAGAACCAACAAACCUAUGCUGUUAAUGAUAGUGCAAACAGCUUGUUAGAAAUAUCUCGCCAACUCUACAAGAAUCUUAUGAACGACAUCAUGGAAGAGAUAGAAGGACUAUCUAAAGAGUUUGACCUUCCUCUAGAUUACAGCUUUGAUUCAAAUAGAGGCUUCUUCCUCAAAAUUAAAAAGGGUGAAAUAAAUGAUCUAAAUUCUUUGCCAAAUGAGUUUAUAAAUAAGAUUUCGAAGAAAAACUUUAUUGAAUGUUGCACUCUUAACAUAAUGAAAAUGAAUGUAAGACUCAAAGAAAUUAUAUUGGAAAUAUCUUCAAUCAGCGAACAAGUUGUUUUAGAGCUUUUAAACGAAGUUGUUAAGUACCUUUCUAUCCUUUUCAUGAUAUCAGAGGCAGUUUCAAUCUUAGAUUUACUUUGCUCUUUUGCAUUUAAAUCAUUCAAGGAAAAUUACUGCUUUCCAAAGUUUUCAACUAAUCUAUUUCUCAGACAAUCAAGACAUCCAAUUCUGGAAACAUUGAUAAAAGGAUUUGUUCCCAAUGACAUAGUAAGUACAAAGACAAGUUCAGCUGUCCAAAUAAUUACAGGGUGUAAUAGAAGCGGCAAAUCGGUAUACCUGAAACAAUUACCCUUACUUUGCAUUAUGUCGCAAAUAGGCUCUCCUGUCCCAGCCGAAUCGGCUAUCGUCCCUAUUUAUAAAAAAGUCCAUGCAAGGGUUUGCAAUGAUACGAUGGAAAUGAAUAGUUCUACUUUUUCGUUUGAAAUGAAAGAAAUGGCUUAUUUUUUGGAUGACACUGAUCAAGACACAUUACUUAUUAUAGAUGAACUUGGUAGAGGUUCAAGUAUCGGUGACGGAUUUUCGAUUUCAUUGGCCAUUACUGAACAUCUUAUAGGAACAAAGGGUACCGUGCUUCUGUCCACACAUUUCGAGGCCAUCCCAUCUAUAUUAGUAACAAGACCCAACGUUUUACAUUUGCAUAUGCAAAGUCGAAAUUUACCCGAUAAUUCAAUCAGAAUGAGUUAUACUGUUGGAGGUCAUGCUUCUAAUAUUGUCAAUAAUGCAAUAAAGAUGGUUUCGCCAUACUUUGACCCACAUAUUAUUGAAAAGGCAUAUAUAAUAUCUGUGUUACUAAAAAAAAUAGAAGAUGGAUCCACUAGAGGAACUUUGACAGACAUAGAGCGAAAAGAGAAUCUAGAAACCUCAAAGCAAAUGAAGAAAAUUCACAUCAUCGUGGAGGUACUAAAGGAAGUGAUGACCGGAAAUGAACCAAUCUCAUUAGCUUCUUUGAAAGCGAUCCAGACAGAUUUCAUUGACACAUUCCGGGAGUAA